GCGACCCAGCCUUGCGGGGUGCGGACCCUGCGUUCGAACCGCUGGAGGUAAUCUGACCCCGGAAGCAGGGAAGGCAGGGGCCCGCGCCCCGGGGACAGACAGACAGUCAGGCAUCCACCCGCUAGAGUCAAGAUAGAGAAUAAAAUCGUGCCUCAAGAUUUAGGGGACACUUCGGUGGGAACAAGUGGCUCAGCGGCACUAGCGCGAGAUCCUGAGUUCGAUUCCGGGCGCUGAUCCGCCCAUCCAGCGGAGCCUCCGGGCUUCGACAUGCUGGAGGAGCCCCGGAGACGGGCUCCACCCUGGGGCCUCGCAGCCCUGCUGCUCCUGGCUGCGUGCAGUCGGGUUCUCAGCAAUGACAUUCUGGGCCUGAAGCUGCUGGCCGAGCCACCACUGACGGUCAACACCGUGUGCUUGACGCUGUCUGGUUUGAGCAAGCGACAGCUGGGCCUGUGCCUGCGCAGCCCAGACGUGACGGCGUCGGCACUUCAGGGUCUGCACAUCGCAGUGCACGAGUGCCAGCACCAGCUGCGCGACCAGCGCUGGAACUGCUCGGCACUCGAGGGCGGCGGCCGGCUGCCGCACCACAGUGCCAUCCUCAAGCGUGGUUUCCGGGAGAGUGCUUUCUCCUACUCCAUGCUGGCUGCUGGGGUCAUGCAUGCGGUUGCCACAGCCUGCAGCCUGGGCAAGCUGGUGAGCUGUGGCUGCGGCUGGAAGGGCGGUGCUGAGCAGGAUCGGCUGCGGGCCAAACUCCUGCAACUCCAGGCACUGUCCCGGGGCAAGAGCUUUCCUCACUCCCUGCCCAGCCCUGUCCCUGGCCUGAGUCCUGGCCCUGGUCCCCAGGACACAUGGGAAUGGGGUGGCUGUAAUCAUGACAUGGACUUUGGAGAGAAGUUCUCUAGGGAUUUCUUGGAUUCCAGGGAAGCUCCCCGGGACAUCCAGGCACGAAUGCGAAUCCACAACAACAGGGUGGGGCGCCAGGUGGUAACUGAAAACUUGAAGCGGAAAUGCAAGUGCCACGGCACAUCGGGGAGCUGCCAGUUCAAGACCUGCUGGAGGGCGGCCCCCGAGUUCCGGGUGGUGGGGUCAGCGCUGAAGGAGCGGCUGGGCCGAGCUGUCUUCAUUGAUACCCACAACCGCAAUUCUGGAGCCUUCCAACCCCGCCUGCGGCCUCGUCGCCUGUCAGGAGAGCUAGUCUACUUUGAAAAGUCUCCUGACUUCUGUGAGCGAAACCCGGCUGUGGGCUCUCCUGGGACAAGGGGCCGGGCCUGCAACAAGACCAGCCACCUGCUGGAUGGCUGUGGCAGCCUGUGCUGCGGCCGUGGGCACAACGUGCUCCAGAAGACACAAGUGGGGCGCUGCCACUGCCGCUUCCACUGGUGCUGCUACGUGCUGUGUGAUGAGUGCAGCGUCACAGAAUGGGUCAAUGUGUGCAAGUGAGAAUCAGCCUCACCCUGGGGCUGUGGCAGGGGGCUGUGUGCAAGGGACACUUUUUCAGCCCUGUGCUCAGAAUUGUGUUCAGGGU